UCAUCUCUUUCAAACAUCCAUAUAUCAUAUCCCAAGAGGAUGGCUCCUAAGCUGCAUAUAACCGUCUCUGAUGGCUCAUCUUACCCUCCUACACGCUCUAUCCAGGUCAACACUGCCAAGUCCACUCACAUCAAGACGCCAGGCUUCGAGGGCGAGGUGAGAGUCUGGAUCAAAGGGUUCAACGGAGACGAAGGGGAUGAUGAGGAGCUAUACUUUGGUCAUUACAAAGAGCGAGGAGAGAAGAGGGACUUGACGUAUGCGAUCAGUAUACGGGGCACAUUCAAUGAAGAUCUGAACGGGGAUGACUUACUCUUUGGCAAUGUCUUUGAGAGGCCAAUCAAGGAUCACUUACCAUGGGGUACGAGCGUCGCUAUGCGGUUCACAUCAUACAUCGACCCUACGCUCAUCCACGAUGUAUACGCUGAUAAACCAUGGGCCAUGUCACCCGUCUUAUCCUGCAUGUCUGUCCUGUCUCUCUCAUCAGGCGGCGGACAGCAGAGCUCCAAAAAUCAGGAUGUGGUCCUCCAUGAAGAUUCUUGGAAGUAUUUCCAAUCGCACGAUGAAGAGUUUGCCGAGAAGGAGGAGGAUAAACCUCAAGAUCGAUUAGAGAGACAGAAAUGGUUCAGCUCGCAGGAGAGAAGAGAGCGGAUCGUCUUGACAAAGGGUACAGAAGUCGGCAUGGAGUUUUCUAACGGCCUCGUUGACUUCUCCAAACUCUCGCUCAACCUCCCACAUCCCAUCAGUAUGCAGAUCCCCCUAUUGCAAUAUUGGGACGGUCAACCUGUCAUUUACGUCUGUCGUAAACGUACGCCGUCAGGGAAGAGUCCCGUCAGCUCAGAAGGCAUGUUGUUCAGCAUCAGUUUUGAGAUUGUGGAUGAAGAGGCGAUUGAGAAUCUUGAAGCAAAGGGCGGGUCCGUGCUUGCCGUGAAGGACAUAGGUAAGCAAGCGACGGGUAAGAAGGACGAUGAGGAUGAUAAGGAGGAGGAGGAGGAGGAGGAAGGCGAAUUUCACGACGCCGAAGGGAUCUCUGAUGAUGUAGAUUAGACGACGGAAUAGAAGGCAAACUAUGCA